AUGAAAGCUUCAAACACCGCCUUUAUAGUGGCUGAGGGCAAACCGAGCUCGGUCAUCACACUAUUGUCUGCGCUUCCAACUAUCGCAGCGAGUAGUUCUAGUGCGGUAGAACCCACAGAUGUCACAAAGGAAGCUGUGGUUGGACAAAGCACCUACAUUUACUCUGAAACUGCAUCCGCCGAAUCAAGUGUGCCUACUUCUUCGACCAACGUCGAUAAGGGAGCAAUUAGCCAAGGAAUCUCUACGCCUGUUCUCUCGACUCUGAUUGCUUCUUCUUCUAGUGUCUCUACACAGUCUACUAGCACCAGUUCCAUUGCUCCUUUGUAG